AUGGCGCCUCAAUCUUUAAUAGCGGGCUUGCUUGGUGCCUUGCUCCUGGCUGUACCAGGACAAGCUACUUCUGCCGUUGGUCAACGAGUGUCUGAUAUAUCUCUGGCCGGCGCGCCGCUAUUCGAGAGCGAGACGUUCCAAGUCACCAAUAAAUCGCUCGCAGCGCUCAAGCCAAACCAGACUGCCCUUUUUGGGUUCCAGAACUCCUCGGUGGGACACAAUCAACAUAGAAAACGGUGCAGACUGUUGCCUGGAGACAAGUCAUGGCCGUCAGAUUCGACAUGGUCGCAGUUCGACGAAAUCCUAGGCGGUGCACUUAUCAAAACUGUACCCCUAGCUGCAUCGUGUUACCCAUCGUGGCCUGAGUACGACAGUGGAAAGUGCAAAUAUAUCUCUACUAAUUGGACAGUUUCCUAUGAGCAUGAUGCUGAUCCCGCCUCUAUAAUGUGGCCUUUAUUCGAGGGCCGCACCUGUCUGCCUACCGCCAUCAAUACAACUUCAACUUGCAGCAUUGGCGGAUACAGCAGCUAUGCUGUCAAUGUGAGCACCGUGGCGCAGGUUCAACUUGCUGUUAAUUUCGCUCGUAAUGCGAACCUCAGGCUCGUGGUGAAGAACACCGGACAUGACUUCAAUGGAAAGUCGACCGGGGCUGGUGGGCUUGGUGUCUGGACGCACAAUCUGAAGGAUCUCGAGUUCAUCGAGAAAUAUAACAGUUCAGGUUAUCAAGGUCCGGCUGUUAAGAUGGGCGCCGGUGUUCAGGCCUUUGAGGUCUAUGAGCAAGCUGAGAAGCUCGGCUACACUGCUGUCGGAGGCGAGGGCAAGACUGUUGGCGUCGCCGGAGGGUACGUGCUUGGUGGCGGUCACUCUCCUAUGUCUAGUGUCUAUGGUCUGGCUGCGGAUCAAGUCCUAGCUCUGGAAGUUGUUCUUGCCAAUGGACAAUUUGUGACAGUUACCGAAGAAACGAAUCCUGACCUUUUCUGGGCCAUCCGAGGUGGCGGUGGCGGAACAUAUGGCGUUGUUACCUCCAUCAUUUCUCGAGUCCACCCCAAAGUCGGCGUCACAGUCUCUACAUUCAACUUCACAACUGGUGCCAACGUCUCCAUUGAAACUUUCUGGUCCGGAGUCCGCGCAUAUUUCAAGCGAUUCCCAGCCCACGCAGAUGCCGGAACAUACGCCUACUUCUGGAUAAUAGGAACUGGUCCGAACUCGUUCCAAUUCUUGAUGAACCCUUUCUUCGCAGUGAACCAUACAUUGACUGAGUUUGAUAACCUGUUAAAGCCCUGGUUCAAUGAUCUAAAGGCUCUCGGUAUUCCAUUUACCCCAAACACAACCCACUAUGACUCCUUCCACCCCGCCUGGGCAGCUGGAUUCCCUCUCGAAACAAUCGGAAGCGUCACUAUGAUGACAGGGAGUCGUCUCUUUCCCCGGGAAAACUGGGAAGACAAUUCAAAGUUCAACGCAACAUUGCGUGCUAUUCGAUCAACCGUCAGCAUGGGCCACCCUCUCCUUGCUUUCAACAUGAAGGCUGAGCUUCCUAAUGGAUACCCGGAGGACUCUUCAAAUCCUGCCUUCCGAAAGACGCUUAUGCACGCAAUUACUUCGGCCACUUGGGCUAGCAAUGCUACUAAUUCCCAGAUCAAUGGUACGAUGAAUAACCUUACAAAUAAUGUUCUGAGUAAGUGGCGUGCAACGUGCCCUGAGGCUGGGGCGUAUAUGUCUGAGUCGGAUAUUAUGGAGCCGAAAUUUCAGCAGUCGUUUUAUGGGAGCAAUUACGAUCGCUUGUAUAAGUUGAAGCAGCGAUAUGAUCCUACUGGGUUGUUCUAUGCUCCUACAGGUGUUGGGAGUGAGCAUUGGCAGGUGAAGAGCGUGGAUGGUCUUCCUGAUCAAAAUGGUCGUCUUUGUCGUGUUUAA